GCGAUUACCGCUUUUUUAUGGAAUGGAGUUGGCAACAGUGGCCGUUGCUGUCGUCGAAAGUCAACGUGAACAUUUUAGUUUUCUCAUUUCGUUAAACUUGUAAAAUAAAAGAUUUAUAUAAUUGAAAUCUAUUCAGCAAGAUGCCUCUCUCCUGUCGAUUUUACCAGGAGAAAUAUCCUGAAGUGGAGGAUGUAGUGAUGGUUAAUGUGAGAUCCAUCGCCGAGAUGGGCGCAUACGUCCAUCUGCUGGAAUAUAACAAUAUUGAGGGCAUGAUUUUGCUUUCUGAAUUGUCCAGGCGUCGUAUCAGAUCCAUCAAUAAAUUGAUCAGAGUAGGCAAAACAGAGCCUGUUGUCGUUAUAAGAGUGGACAAAGAAAAAGGUUACAUAGACUUGUCAAAACGUCGUGUGUCAGCAGAAGACAUAGACAAAUGUACAGAGCGAUAUGCAAAAGCAAAGGCAGUGAACUCUAUUCUCCGUCACGUUGCCGAGUUGCUGCAUUACGAGAACUCUGAACAGUUGGAGGAACUCUACAAGAGGACUGCAUGGUAUUUUGAGGAGAAAUACAAGAAGAAAGCUUCGGCUUAUGACUUCUUCAAACAAGCAGCUGUUGAUCCCUCAGUUCUCAAUGAAUGUGGUCUUGAUGAGAAGACCAAGGAGGUGCUUCUAGCCAACAUCAAGAGGAAACUCACGUCACAAGCGGUCAAGAUCCGUGCGGAUAUAGAGUGCGCAUGCUACGGAUACGAAGGCAUUGAUGCAGUAAGGACGGCUUUGAAAUCCGGACUCACUUUGUCCACAGCUGAAAUGCCCAUCAAAAUUAAUUUAAUAGCACCACCUUUAUAUGUAAUGACAACAUCGACGCCCGAAAAAGCAGACGGCCUCAAAACUCUGCAGGACGCCAUCGACAAAAUUAAGGAGACGAUCACGGCCGCGGGCGGCGUCUUCAACGUGCAAAUGGCGCCUAAAGUGGUGACCGCGACAGACGAGGCGGAGCUGGCGAGACAGAUGGAGCGCGCGGAGGCCGAGAAUGCCGAGGUCGCCGGGGACUCGGCGGAGGAAGACGAGGAUCAUGGUAUGGGCGAUGCUGGUAUGGAUGAGGAGCCGCAACAGAACGGUGCUUCCGAUGAGGACGACGACUGAACGCUCCGCUCGGGCCUGCGUCGCGGGGCACACGCGGGCGAGGGCGCGGGCACCGAACCUAUUUCACAUUUAUUGAAUUUUAUAUUGUAUCAACAUACAUAUAUACCUAGCUGAUAUUAAAAUAUUUGUCAAUGUUGCCGUAUUUCAUUUGUUUUAAUAUCAGCUAUAAUUAGUUUUUUUUUAAAGGAAGUUCUUGAGUGAUUUUAUCUUAUAAAACAUUCUAAGCUCAAAACUAACAGCACGAUUUCUCCGUAUUAUUGACUUCGGACAAGAUUCUCUGAAUGCAUGUUUGGUGCCCGCGCCCGACUCGCCUGUGGCUUAGCUAAUAAUCGAUAUAACCUAAUGUAAAAGUAUAACAGCCAUGUUAUUGCAUCUAUAAUAUACAUUUUUAUACAAU